AUGUUUGUGGCUCGCGACCAAGAAAAUCUCGUAGCCCGCCAUCAGACUGGGGCUGCUCUGAAGCAGCAACAGAAUAAUCAAGUCGGCGCUCGAUACCCAAAGACACCCAUCAAGAUUCCACUCAAUGAUGAGAAUGGCGGUCACUUGAAGGGUGCUAAGAGCAUCCUUGGCAACCGCACCAAAGGCAACGAGAAUGCAGCAAGCUCCAAGGGCUUGAAAGGCCUCGACAAGUCGAAUUUUGUCACUCCUAUGCAACCACGAAACCGAGCAGUCCUGGGAGACAAGACAACGAACGCCAAGUCCAGAGGACCUCAGACUGUUAAUGCCAAGAGCGCAAUCAAAGAUAUUGGCGGCACAAAGAACCAAGCGCCUACUACUAUCAAGCCAAAGCAGAAACAGCCGCAAGCCGAGACCCAGAAACUACAGGUCCAUGCAGAGGAGGAUUCUCCCUGGUGGGAGGGCUUGGAACCGGAAUACUGCCCGCCUCCAGCAGUACCACUUUCUGACGACGAUGACCUCUUAUCGGAGAUCCUCUCUUCCAAACCCUUGUCACAGCAGUCAGAAGGAGCCUGGGGUUUCUCCGACGAUUAUAGUCUUCGCCCUUACGAAGCACUAGAGAUGCCAGGGAAGCGGCUCGACGCUCAAUUAGAGGAACUCGAUAGAGGGCACCAAGAGCUUAGCGAUAGCUUAUUGUUCCCUGCCAUUCAGCAUGAGCUCGAAAAUGCCACGAGCAAGAAGCCAAAAGCAACCUCAGCUGCUCCUCUCAAGGCCAAGAGUACACAAAUCAAGCCUGCCCCGCGCAAGCCUAUGUCAACAGUAACUUCAAAGAACGCCGCUAAGGCUCUUUCCAUGGAUGAUACGACAAAAUCCAUGCAGCGCAGAAUGGUCAAGCCAGCAGCCGUUCCUUCUGCAAGAAAAAAGAGACCCUCCUUUGCCAUUCCCCGAUUUGCGGCACCAAGGCCCGCUGUGCCUCAGCCGCCCGCCACAAGGCGAACACCAAUGGCGAAUGUCGAGGCCAACUCCAGGACAACGCUGGGAUACAACAAGGGCCGUGCUGCCGCAUCAGCACUGGCUCCAGCUACGGCCAAGCCUGCAGUCAAACGAGCACAGGGCUUGUCUCAACCAAAGACUGCUGGCCUUCGCCGCCCAGCAGCCACCGUAUCCAACGACCCGGACAGGACGAUCACCCCAGCACGGUUUGCAAGCAAGCAAACAUCCACUGCUGACGAAGAUCAACUAUGGAAAGAGCGUGUUCCAUUCCUGUCAAUCUUCCAUCCAGAAGAUGAGAGUGAUUGUGAUUUGGCCGGCAGCCCCCCACCCGAGCUGGACGACGACGAGUUCGAGAUGGGGUUUCCGGAGUAA